CUGGCGCUCGUGGGCCGGCUGGUCGCGUGUUGAGGGGGUCCCGGGCGCCCCAAACCUUCCCCCGGCGCCUUGGCGCCCAGGGCCAGCCGGGCUUCUCGCGUCUGCAGGCCCGGGGCCAGCGACGGCUGCUCUUUUCGUUGGCCACCGGCCAGAUGGAAGAGCCUCCCGGGAAGCCCCUCAGCUGUGAGGAGAAAGAAAAGUUGAAGGAAAAAUUAGCAUUCUUGAAAAGAGAAUACAGCAAGACCCUGGCCCGCCUUCAGCGUGCUCAAAGAGCUGAGAAGGUUAAGAAUUCUGUUAAGAGAACAGUGGAAGAACACGAUUCCUUCAUCCAGCAGGAAGUUUCAACACAGCUAAACCACUCAGAACCUAAAAAUGAAGUAUCUCCCUGUGACUCAUUACAAAGCAACACUAAUGUUGAUGAAGAAACUGGAGAAAAGACAUCUAUCACACUUGACUUUGAGGCUGAGUCCUGCAGCCCUGGACGUGGCCCAGUGGAAGGAUUAUGCAUACAAAGAUCAGAUGAUACCCAAGAACAUUUCCCCUGCAGGGUUGAUGGCCCCGAUGGUAAGAAAAGUCAGAGUAAGCUGCUUGGUAGAAGAAAGACACAGGAGAGAACAUUUAUUUCACUGGAGAGAGAAUCUUUCUUUGACACUGAUUCGCUCUUACUCUCUAGAAAAAGACUAAAGGAGCAGGAAGAAAUCAAUAGAGAAAACCCCAGGACACCUGUCGCUGAAGUAAGAACUUACCUUUCAAGUCCUAAGUCUGACAUUCCUGAUUCUCCAGCACCAGUUUCAGAAACUAAUGUAGGGAGUGUAUUACUUUUGCCAAAUGCCAAACUGCAGAAAGAUGCUGAUACACUCUUAAGUGGAGAUAAUUUCCCCAGGGUGGCUGCACUUCCUUUGCAUAUUCCAUCAGACAGCGGUAGUGGUCGGCACCUUGAAGAUAAGCCUCCUAAAAGUAACUGUGAACUUACUACUCACGGUUUAAAAAACAUUAGCCUUGCUUCAAACUUAGAGGCACAAAACAAAAAAAUGAUUGUGUUUACAGAUAACCCAGAGGUAAACAAAACUGUAAGUGCAAGUGGUCAGCUGCCUAGAAGUCCUGACUCAGAGGCAGAUAACUCAUAUUCUGUAAAUGAACUCACGUACGAUAACUUAUUGGUGAAUGAAAACCAAAACUUAAAAGAACAAGAUCACACAGAGAUGUCUUUUAAAUCUCCUAAUAAUGUUCUUGAUGGUAGAAAUCGAAGUCUUCUGGAAAAUGAAGUUCUAGGUCAAUCAAAGCAUCUUAGCCUAGAAGUAAUUUCUUCUGUUUCUACUGAAAAUCAAACACAGUCUUGCACGAUGCUUGAAGGCCUUCUCUUUCCAGCAGAAUAUUAUGUCAGAACAACACGACGCAUGUCCACCUGCCAGAGGAAAGUAGCACUGGAGGCUGUAAUUCACAGUCAUUUGGGUGUCAGAAAAAAAGGUUUUAAAAAUAAGCAAUCUGCUAAAAAGUUAAACCUUGCCAAUGAAGAAACUAACCAAUGUGAAAUUAAGAUGUCCAACACAUACACAGAACAGCCAAGUUCAAGAAGUCCUCAGAAACUUCUCUCAUUAACUAAAGUCAGCUGUCCCACUGGCCCCACUAAGACGGUUACCCAGACAUCUGGUAGAAAACGCAGAGGAAAAAGAAAGUCAGUCUGCACCCCUGUGUUAGAUCAUCAUGAGCUACCUUUGCCAACUUCUUUCACAUCAGGUGUUAAUAGGUCCCAGGAAGAAGUCGCCUUGCACAAAGAUCAGAAUGAAAAAGCAAUUUUUCUUGAGAAGAGAGUUAAAGGGAAGGAAGGUCACUGUCAAAAAGAGGACUCGCUUUUUUACAAUAAUUAUGCUUAUUUAUCUUUGGAUGAUGUUGCUUUCAGUGCUCCAUUUCUUAAGAAUGACAUGCUCAGUUUAAAGCACCUGCCGCCUUUUCUCAAAACCAUAGACUUUCAAUUACCUGAUGAAGACUUUGGACCUCUUAAGCUUGAAAAACUGAAGUCCGGCUCCGAAAAGCCGAUUGAGCCUUUUGGAUCGAAAAUAUGUGGAGAGGGGCAUCUUAAAGAGAGAUGUUGUAUUGCUGUGGAGGAACUGGCUCCUAAACCAACCAAUAUAGAAAAGGAAGACUUGGAAGAGGAACUGAUUUUUCUACCAGGAAAAGCACAUCCUAAAAUGCCAGUAAAAAGCCAGCCUCAGGAGAAGGGCCUUUCUACAUCCAUUUUACUUUUCACUCCUUUAAAUACUGUUGAAUCUGAUGAUAAUGACAGAGCAACGGUAGAUGUGUGUUCACCUGCUUUCCCCAUCUUGGGCACUACUCCAGCUUUUGGCUCCCCAGCCCGAUGUGAAAAGAUGUCUGCAGAGGUGGUUGGACGCACUUGCUCAGCACCCCAGCUCUCUCACUUAAAAGCCACAGUCAGCCUCUCUAGCGAUCAUAAGCAAUGCAGCAGUUGGACCAGCCCACCAGAAUUAGACAGCAGCCUGCAUGUGGCCAGAAGGAAAGGAUGGCCUUCCUGCGACCAGGAUUCUGGUCCCCAAGCAACACCUCUACCCACUCCGUCACUCACCUACAAAGAAAAUCAGCCAAGUGAAAAUUCGUGUCAGGAAACUUGGAAACAUUCCAUCGAGCAGAUUGAAAUAGCAGACGUCCCUGCUUGUGAUAACUUAAACCCAGGCACUCUACAAUUGGUUUCAAAGUUAAAGGAUCCUUCAGGUUCCUGCUCUGUGGACGUGAGUGCCAUGUGGUGGGACACAGCUGGUUUCAAAGAGCCACGUAUCGUAACCGCCUGUGAAUAUGUAGUUUCUCUUUGGAAACCUCUGGAUGCUUGGCAGUGGGAAAAAAUUUAUUCCUGGCACUUUGCAGAGGUUCCAGUAUUGCAGAUAAUUCUAAUGCCUGAUGUUUGUAAUCUUGUGUGUGUGGCUUUGGGAAAUUUGGAAAUCAGAGAAAUCAGGGCAUUACUUUGUUCCUCAGAUGGUAAAAGUGGAAAGCAAGUACUCCUGAGCUCUGGAAAUAUAAAAACUGUGCUUGGCCUGACAAAAAGGAGGCUAGUCAGUAGCAGUGGGACCCUUUGUGAUCAGCAAGUAGAAAUCAUGACGUUUGCAGAAGAUGGAGGAAGCAAAGAAAAACAGUUUUUGAUGCCCCCUGAAGAGACUAUACUGACUUUUGCUGAGGUUCAAGGGAUGCAGGAAGCUCUGCUGGGUACCACUGUAAUGAACAACAUGGUUAUUUGGAAUUUAAGAACUGGCCAGCUCCUAAAGAAGAUACACGUUGGUGACUCCUACCAAGCUUCAGUCUGUCACAGAGCCUAUUCUGAAAUGGGGCUCCUGUUUGUUGUUCUGAGUCAUCCUUGUGCCAAAGAGAGCGAGCUGUUGGGCAGCCCCGUGUUUCAGCUGAUUGUGAUUAACCCAAAGACGACCCUGAGUGUGGGCGUGAUGCUCUACUGUCUUCCUCAAGGGCAGGCUGGAAGGUUCCUGGAAGGUGACGUGAAAGAUCAUUUUGCUGCAGCAGUACUGACUUCUGGAACAAUUGCCAUUUGGGACUUACUUCUGGGUCAUUGCACUGCUCUCCUUCCCCCUGUCUCUGACCAAAAUUGGUCCUUUGUUAAAUGGUCAGGUACAGAUUCUCAUUUGCUGGCUGGACAAAAAGAUGGAAAUAUAUUUGUGUACCGCUACUAAUAAGAUAGGAUAAGGUGGAAACACGGUGUUCUGGAUAUUUUUGGCCUCUUUGUACUUCUUGGAGUUGUAACUCUAAAGAAGACUGUCUGAAAGGUGUUUAAAAUAAUUACUUGUAUUCAUUCAGACUGAAGAGUCCGAUGGUGGGGGCACUACUGAUCUUGAAUGCUUAUACUUACUUUGGGGGAAAGGGGUUUGGGAUUGAUUUUUGUAAUUCCUCACAUUUGCACAUUCGCUUUUAAAGGUGUACAGAAAGCUUCAAAUGUUAAUAAAUAUUUAUUUUGAUACA